GGUGUAUGGUGGUCCUAAGUUUUUUAUUUUGCAGGGUGUCAACUGGCAGCCGACCGGUACGUGCCAACGUGGUGGUUGGUCUUAUAUCUCUUCGUCGAGCACCAUUUGGCACAGAGACUUGCAAUCAAAGGGGUGGUUUGGCUCUCUGGUAGUUGAGGGUGCCAGUUGUGUCCUAGUGGGCACAAAAGCCCUUGCAAUCUAGGGGAUUGCUGUGCGAAAGAGGGUGAGGUGGGACAUCACGACAUAUGGCGACCUCGCGUAUAACAUCUAUGGCAAGCUCGCUCAGCAGGUGACAGAUACCAUGAUUGUUGUCACGCAAGCGGGCUUCUGUGUUGCUUACCUGAUCUUCAUUGGUGAGAACAUGCUGACUCUUUUGCCUCAUCUACCCAGCAAGAGGACAUUCAUGUAUAUUGUUACUCCCUUUUUAAUGAUGCUCUCAUGGGUGCGGUCACUCACUGCUCUGGCACCUUUCAGUAUCGUUGCCGAUAUGUGCAACCUUGUUGCACUGGCGAUUGUUUUCAGAGAUGAUUGGGAAACAGUCGGAUCGCCAGACGGCGCAAGGCCUUUUGCUGGCCUGUCUCAGUUAGCCCCAGUGUUUGGGGUGGCUGUUUACUGCUUCGAGGGAUUCCCGAUGACUUUACCUUUGGAAGCGUCCAUGAAGAAUCGCGACGAUUUCCCGUGGGUUUUGGGCUCGUCCAUGGCAUUUGUAGCGUGUCUCUAUGCCGUCUUUGGGAUGGCAGGCUACAUGGCAUAUGGAGAGGCAACAAGGGACAUCAUUACACUGAAUUUGCCUGCAGGUCCAUCGACUGCUCUUGUGAAACUAGGACUCUGCGUUACACUGUUCUUCACAUUCCCAGUGAUGAUGUUCCCCGUGCAUGGGAUCAUCGAGAGUGAGGUGGUGUUCUGCAGGUGGUUCCAGAAUCAUGUUCAGCCAUCGCCACGGCUGCGCACUUUAGUGCUGAACUUUUUCAGAGCCAUUCUUGUUAUGGCUGUGCUCAUGGUUGCCGCCGCUGUCCCAGGGUUUGGGGUAUUUAUUCAGCUGGUUGGAAGCAGUGUGUGCUCUCUUCUGGGAUUUGUCAUGCCCGCUGCCUUCUACAUGCAAGUCGCGUGGGAUGACAUGAGCCGCUUCAGCAUUCUCAUGCACAGCCUGAUUAUUGUCUUUGGCAUUCUCUUUGGUGUAUGGGGUACUUGGGAUGCUCUGUCAGAUAUUAAGGGUGGUGUCCCCGCCGGCAACUGACGCUCGUCGCCAUGAAGAUGGAACAAGGAAGUGAAGCUAUCCCAGGUUCCUCCCUUUCAUCCUAACUAACGCGGGUAACCGCAACUGCUGCGUUUGCUUUGCUGACAAAUGCCCCUGACAAUUUUUUUACACCUGUAACGGAAUCUGACCACGUGUACCAUGAAGUUAUCGGACUAGGCUCCAGGUUUGGGGGUAGUAGGUGCGCGUCAAAUUCCAAGCAUGCGACCGUCUGGUAUCUCUGGAGGGAUGUUGCUACCAGUGGUCGUACUUUCUUUCACAGGCUCAGGGACGUUUCACGUGUACAACAUUCUCUUCUGUGCCCUGCUGUGCCUCGAUUCAGGUGUAGUGCGUUCUUAAUGGAUUACUAGGGUUGUUUGCAGCUUUGCAUUGAAAACCUGCAGGGCGUGGUCCAUGUAGUGGCAACGCUACAUCAGCUGCCCAUCCAUUUCUGCCCCACUUUCUAUUGGUUUGUCCCGUUCUGCUAGGCGUAGUAUGCUCUAAAGAAGUGGGUGUUUAGUAGCCGGUGCUGAAGACCUGUGAAGUGUGCUUGCAAUGGAAGCACAGCUAAAUCUCGACCGCUCAUCUUUUCCUGUCCCAUCUGUGGUCCUGGUCUGUCCUGUCCCGCAUGGUCUCCAGUGUGUGUUGCCUUUGGUCUUUCGGAGUAUGUAAUAGGAGAAACACACUUUUUCUAUCCGUUUGUUUGAUUUGAUAUCAUCGUCUCAAAGCUUCGGGUUUCAUUCGAAUGGAGUUUUGUGGCAAAUAGCGUCGCCACUGUCAGCUUCUUUCCGGCGCUGUUGUUGGACAGUAUGUAAUACCUCCUAUCGAGCGAAUGGGUUGGGUUCUUUACGUGCAUGCCACUUGUGGUGAAGAUGAACAGUUGACAGGUCGUUUGGUGGCUGCUGCGGUGUGUUGUCAGCCCUCCAGAAAGGGUGAACGCGAUGAAAGGACAGGAGUGUGGCAUGGUAGGCAGACCUUUAGGCUUUUCAGGAAAAGAAUAAUUUGCAGAGACAAAGUGGGCUGUACAGUUGCUCUGCCGGUAUUUUGUGUAUUCUUGUUUUCGAGUCUUCUUACAUUCAUUAAUCGCUUGGUGUUAAGCUCACAGUUCUAUAAUCUAGAGUCUCAAGCAUUUUAUCCGUCACACAUAUCGACUGGGGCUCUGCGUGCAGUGAGCGGCAGUCUGCAUCUGCCAGAAAGCAAACUGCACUGCCGUUUGUUCCGCAAAACUAGAGAGCUUGUUGCCUCUUCCGUCAACUCCACAGCUGUACACGCCCAGCAACUCUCAUGGUUCAUCUUCAGAAUCUACACAGUCAGCUGGAGGCCGGAAAUGCACAGCUUUUCGAGGUAAUGUAUAUGGGGAAUGGGGAACACAAACCAGCAGGCUUCAGUCGACCGUACCGGAUUCAACAAAGCGACCAGAGCUGG